AUGAGAGUGGAGCGGGCAGCCAUGGAAAACUUGUUCAUGAAGACUUGCCGGCCGGUCCUUAGCGUGGCCAAAGUUUUCGGCCUCGUUCCUCUCUCUCUUCGAGGCCCUGUGUUCCCCCUGAAUGUUAUAUGGUUCGUCUAUUGCAUCCUCAUCUUCUGCGUCUGCUCGUGGGCUCUGUCCUUAAUAACUUUUCCUCUUCUCUCAAAUGACUUAAGGGAGCGAAUGGGAUACCUGAUGGUCUAUAUCAGUGUCGUAGGAAGUCAAUUCGCGAUCUUCAUCAUGGCGAUAUCGAGUUUCCUCCUUACGAUAAAGUACCGCACGUUUCGUCUUCUUUUACAAAGCGGAGAAAUGGACUUUAAUGAGCAAGAAUUUCGAAUGAUUCGCUUUCGGGUUUUCUUUGUCGCCAUUGCGCAAGGAAUUUUUUGGCUCAUAUUGAUCAUCUUGGCCUUUGCUAUAUCUUGGUCCAUGGUGACUUCGAUCCCGAUGGGGUUUGCCUUUUUACUGGCAUAUUUGUUGCCCUCACUUGAGGAAACGCUGUUCUCAUCCGUAAUGCUUGGGAUUGGAGCGAGCUUCGAGUGCCUGAAUCGACGAGCGAAAACUUUCGUCCAUAAAGACGAUGGGAAAGCACAAGGUAUUCGAGGAGAGGGGCAAGAAGUUGUGGAAUCAAGCAAUUCUGAUCAGAGGAUCUUAUCCAAUGAAGGCAGCUCAGACGGAAUGUGGCAUUCAGAUGGAAGAACCACAACCGUUUCACAGGAAGGAGAGCAGAUUCGCCAUCCUCGCUGGCGGACGACUGCUCCAACGAACGCCAUCAAUCCAGUCGAUGGCAGAAAGAUUGCUUCGCCGAAUGCGGUUAAUACGGUCGAUGGGGUCGAAUUCAUCCAGACCUUGAGAUGCCGUUACACCCACUUGUGUCAUCUUCUCGACCUCUCCUCUAGCCUCUUCUCGGAAAUUCUGCUCUUGAAGGCUCUCACGACCUUUGCGACAGCUCUCUUCAUGGCCUUCAUCCUCAUAGCUCCCGUCCUGACAUCCUCGCCGGCGGCAUUUCCUUUUCUUGAGUACAUACCUGAGUUCAUCCUGACUGCGACGAAACUACUGUCAACCUGUCUAGUCUGCCGAAACGUCAAAAACAACAGAUGGGAAAUGUCAACGAUCCUUUCACGGGCGGCUGGGAAAACCAUCGUCGACUCCUCUUUCUUGAAGCAGGGAAAUUUCCCGGAGUUGGAAACCAGUGACUGCCUGCGGCCUGUUCGAGGUGGAUCUCCCGCUUCUUNGAAAGCACAAGGUAUUCGAGGAGAGGGGCAAGAAGUUGUGGAAUCAAGCAAUUCUGAUCAGAGGAUCUUAUCCAAUGAAGGCAGCUCAGACGGAAUGUGGCAUUCAGAUGGAAGAACCACAACCGUUUCACAGGAAGGAGAGCAGAUUCGCCAUCCUCGCUGGCGGACGACUGCUCCAACGAACGCCAUCAAUCCAGUCGAUGGCAGAAAGAUUGCUUCGCCGAAUGCGGUUAAUACGGUCGAUGGGGUCGAAUUCAUCCAGACCUUGAGAUGCCGUUACACCCACUUGUGUCAUCUUCUCGACCUCUCCUCUAGCCUCUUCUCGGAAAUUCUGCUCUUGAAGGCUCUCACGACCUUUGCGACAGCUCUCUUCAUGGCCUUCAUCCUCAUAGCUCCCGUCCUGACAUCCUCGCCGGCGGCAUUUCCUUUUCUUGAGUACAUACCUGGGUUCAUCCUGACUGCGACGAAACUUCUGUCAACCUGUCUAGUCUGCCGAAACGUCAAAAACAACAGAUGGGAAAUGUCAACGAUCCUUUCACGGGCGGCUGGGAAAACCAUCGUCGACUCCUCUUUCUUGAAGCAGACGUUGGUGAACCUGUCCACCUUCUUCGUCGCACUGCUCCAGUUCCACCUCUCCUUCCCCCAAUCCGGAGGCCCUUCACCUCAUUAGUGAUUCGUGUGUGUAUUGAAUGUUAGUGAUGGGUUUUGAGAGCUCUGGAAGUUGAUGGAAUGUUUGAUUCGGAAGCUUGAGUUUCUUGGAAAUUCGUCUUUUUCGGACCCGUUUGUGUUUCGAGUCUAUACAACCUGAAAUCCGAAUUAAUAUACUUUGGUUGUGC